ACAAAAAAAAUUUGUUUUUAAUUUUAAUUUUCACGUGCGAUCCAAAAAAUGCGAGAGGAGCAGAAGAUUAAACUGUUUCUGCAAAUCAAGAAAAAACAUGGUGAAGAUACAUUUUCGGAGGCCGAAUGGCAAUAUUACCAAGAAGACUUCUUACGGAGCUGGGAAAGAAAGAAUAAGACAUCUGUAGAUGAAGUGGUCGAAGCCGUGUUCCAGCAGAUACAGCGAGAAGACGAAGCUACGUCUCCUUCUCAGGAUCACACCGACUUCCAAAAUGGCAAACUAUCGCCUCGUGGCGGAUCUAUUUUGCCUGCUCAGGAGCUCAAUGACUCAUCGAUGCGGAGACCCAGUUCGCUUUCUCCGAACCUGCGGGGCCCUGAAAAGACGGACCAAUCGCGAUCAUUAACGCCUCGCUACAGCGCGGCUGAAACAGAUGGAUCGAUUCCAUCUCCUCGGGAGCACAUUAUCUAUGGAGUGGUGGAGGCACAGGCGGAACUGGCACUGAAUCCUGAUGGGCCCACUGAGCUUGAAAAUGCAGGCCACGAGCGAUCAAGAAAGCCCAUCAAAACUGUGACAAAUCCGCCAGAGACUACAGAAUCUACUGGAUCUAUUUCAACUGCUCGGGAGCUCGCUGGCACUUCGAAGCCGACCAAGUGUAGACCGAACUCGCUGCCCCUGGACCUUGAAAAAGGCGACAAGUCGCGACCAUCACAAAGAAGACUAACCUCGAAACUUGAUACUGAAACGGUAGCGACUGCUCAGGAGCCCAAUGUCUCAUCUAAGAAAAUACCCAACUCGCUUCCACAGGAUCUUCCUGAACCCGAAAAGGCAACCAAAGCUGGAUCUUCAAAACCUAGAGAUAGCUCGGGUAAUGCUGACGGCUCUCAACCGCCUCCUCGAGACAACAUAGAUAUUAAGAAGACGAAGCAGACACGUAAAAUGAAGCGUAAACCCAGCUGCACAGGCGGUCCAGAGGAAGAAGCCAAUCAUGAUGGAGAUAUUUCGCCCGCUCGAGAGCACACUAAGCAUGGAUCUGCGGGGUCUUUUCUUGAUCGCCAGGAAGAAAAUUCGCCAGAACUGGCACAGACUCUUGGUGGACUCACUAAGCUAGAAAAAGCGGACCAAUCGGGACCAUUCAAGUCUAGCCAAAGCUCGGUUUUAGCUGGUAGCAAACCCACGGCGACUCCAGACAGACAUAUUCCGCCAUUGACUCCCGAAGAAUCUACUACGUCCAGCCCUGAGUUUCCAAUGAGUCUGGCGGAGCUAUCGCGUUCAUUGAAGCAUGCAAAUGAAGACACACUGCACUCUAGCAUCCUCAAAAGGCGUCACGACACCCUGAAAUCUGGCUGGAAAAGUAAAGAACUUAGGGAUUCGCUUGACGAUUUGCCCUUGUCUCAAUUGCGGAGUCGAAUAUUAUUUAACCAAAAUUGCACUGAAGCAGAGGGAAGAAACCCUGAAAAUAUUGAAAACCAUUGUGCCAAGAGUCCUGUAUCUCCAGGGUCAGUUAAGCGUAAAUCACCGACAGAACCAACCAAACCAACACCAUUGCAGCCGAUCAAGAGAAGAAGACAAAAACAUGUUCCAAUUAGCCGACAUCUGGAGAGUGUUCGUUCAAUGUCUAAGAUUGAAAUGGAUCCAACUCCUAUCGAUUUAAGCACUGACAUAUUUGAGGAAUCUGUAGAGCAGAUUGAUAUUGAUUUAGAAAAGGCAGCGGAGUAUGCUCCGGAGUUGGCCGACAACGCCAUAACGAGCUGCUGGAGUGAGCAACAGAUCGAUUUAAGCCGCGAGAACAAUGUGGAGGACAUUGAGAUAUCUCCAGACAUCGAUAAUUGCCUGAAGAGCUUCACCAGUAAAACACCAAGCGAAAUUUACGAUCAAUUAGCCGACACAACGGAGUUCUUUGAACGUUUGCCAAAUUCCUCUACUGUCGACUUGGAAAAGGCAGACCUCAUGCUGCUCACCGGCGAAGAGGAGGACGUUCUUGACUACGAAGAGGAUGGAGACAUUGACGAUGAUGUCCUAUCGGUUACGGCUGCAUCUUGGGAUGGCAUGGAUGAAGUGAAGACAAAACCAGAGAUUGAAGAAGCUUCGUUCAAAAAUUAUCGCAUACCCCGAGUUAAUACAGAGGCACUGGAGACAACAGCUGGCACGCAACAGCCAAUAAUGCCAACGCGCUGCGUCAAUGAGGAAAUUCUGAAAGAAAAGGAACAGCCGGAGCCACAGAAGCGGAUAUUAACGAAACGGAGACAAUCAGGGUCUGCUGCGCCGUCGUUUGUGCCCGACCAACAUGAAGUGCCCUCUUCAACAUUACCUUUAGUGCCUGCCCCAAUAAUUCAAUCACAGUCUGGCCAGAAGCCGAGCCUAAUCGCCCAUACGGCAUACAAAAGACCUACAGAGCGCACACCAAUAAUGCACACGUUGAACGGACAGUCAGAGAGAAAUAUAGAAGCGCAAACCAUAUAUUCCGUGCCUCCUACAGCUCUUACGUCUUCAGUACGUAUCCCAAUAAUAUACUCAACCAACGACCAGGAAGGGAUACAGCUUCGGACCUAUCCAGCAUAUUCAGCGCCUGCUCCAAUUGUAACGCAGCUACAGGAUAAAUCCAUAUUUAUGAACCCUGCUGCAACAAUAACGCAAUCGUUUGACAAUCCACGUGAACACAUACUAACCGCUCAAGAUAUGGCGGAACCUCAACCGCAAAUUGCCCCGCCAUAUCGUUAUUCGGCUGAGAAUAACAAUUGCUUUCGUCCGAGUGAUAAGAAAUGGUUUAGUUGUGAGUACUGGAUGGUGAAUCUAUUUGGAGUCAAGUGCUAUGCAAAUCUAGACGAUGAAUGCACCGCUCAAAGCUGUAACCAUACAUUCACCGGCAUAGGAGAGUUUACACGGAAAGUAAUGAAAUUGGAUGAGCCUAAUCUGUUAUUCACAUAUCACCGAAUAGUAAUGCAUAGUCAGCGCCUCUUUCUCACAUUUGCUUCGGUUUAUGUGGAUGUAUUUGAAUCGAAAAAUAUGCCAAAUGACUUGUUGCACUUGCUGAUGGAUUGCCGCUUAUACAAGUCCUUUAGUGCUCCAAUUGUUAGCAAAGCCUUCAAUGCCAUGAAAAACACGGGCUUGGAAAAGCAUGCAACGUGUUGCAUUAUGAGUAACUUAUGGACGCCCAGUAGAGCUCACGAGUUCCGGGAGAUGACGUUAAUGAUCUUACAUGUUUUAUCAACCUCCAAUUGGUACACUUAUACUGAUAAUAUAGUGAAGCUAUGCCAAACACAAGGGUUCCAUUUACCACCUAAUAUACUGAUAACCAUUCUCUCGUCGACGCACGGGAAACAAGAAUUAAAAAACGACGCUUUGAAGCUCUUGUUGGUCUUACGAGUCGGCUCUGGGGGAUCGAAUACAGAGCUUACGACAGCUAUCGUUAAGUUUAUGGAAGAUAACUCUCAAUGAGAGGUACACCAGCUUGGACCAAUAUAUUUUUAAAUGGCUGUUGAACAGCAGAAUCAAACACAAUCAGAAUACAUGUUUUUGGGUGCGCAAUUAUAAAUCCCCAUCGGACUUGGUAUCAUUAUUGUAAUGAUAUU